AUGAAUGUAACGAAUAAUCAACAGGACGAUGCUAAUCAUCAAGUUGUGGUAGAUACUACCGAAUGGGUUCAUGUACUCGGAAUUCAUUUGAAACAGGCUUUAUGGUAUUCAACGUAUUCCAUCAAUGGUAUUGUACCAUAUAAUUUCAAACAUGAUGACAUACCAAGACAAGAGUUUUCUACAAUGAAGCGGAAUGGUAAAAUAAUGAGAAUAGCAUUGGAUUUAAUUGAAGAGUGUAAUACAAGAAUCAUGAACCUUUCAAAGAACAAUAACAUUAUGAAUUUCUUGAUAGACUGUAAAUUAUUAGAACGAAAAUUUUGUAAAUUAGUAUUCAAAUUUUAUGCCAUCACCAAGAUGACAUGCACACGAAAAUUAGAUUUACUCAUGAAAUGGUUGUAUUUAUUUACGAGAAAAAUUAUCACUCCAUUGAGGAUAUUGCAUGUCGUAAUUUUUACAUCCAUUCAUAAUUUUGGUGUAGAAAAGGAGAGCAUCUUAAAUGGAAGGUGUUUACUUGUGAGUCCCGAUGAGAACACUCCCUUACUGUUAACAGUGACUUGUUUGAUUGAAAAGUUUUCCAGUAAUGUACGAGUGUUACAGACGUUAUGGAGACAUCUCUUCAAUUCUUUCAAAGAAUUGAGGAAUCAUUCUACCUUUCUAGAAAGACUUCAAUGGAUAAUCUCGUUUAAGAUAGUGAGCUACUUGUUAACACAACACCCACACUGUAACCCAUAUUUGAAGCAUUUGAUUUCCGUAUGUGAACACAAUGUGGAUCAUGAUUGGGUCAGUAAAAAUUUAGAAGGGUCAAACGAUGCUAAUGACAUGUCAGACCGAUUCAUCCAACAAUAUAUCAAAUUCACGAAAAUUUAUAGGGCAAGUCAUAUUUCAACACGUGUGGCCAAGAAUGUUGUGGCUGAGCUUUUUCGGCGCGUACUUGAUCAAAACAAAGGAGAUGAAAUGGAGAAUGAAGAUUCUAUUCUCAACAACUUCAAUAUGUGUCUCAAUUCCGUUCGAGCCAUUGCAAACAACUGCAAAACUCAUUUUCUGAACAAAUUACGCCCAGAACAUGAAGACAGAGCACUAAAACUUCGCUUCACUAAGGCCUAUCUUUAUAACUCAUACAUUGUAUGGAAGCAAAUAAUUCAAUAUCAAGGUUCAUUCACAUAUGACUUGCAUUCACCUCCAUUUUGGAAUUCUAUUUCUUCACACUUUGACACUGUAGCCUACUAUAAUGGUGCUCCUCUCAUUUUGUGUUUAGCUCUCGAAUUUUUAGCAUUUAGAUCUGUACUCUCGAGCUUGGACAACAUACAUGCUGAUUCGUCACAAUAUUAUCAACAGAACAGUUACGAAACGAUUGAAGAGUGUAUCAAUUUUUCAAUGGACCUUAUGGCUCGUCUAAAGCAAGAAAUGAAUGCUAGCUAUGAAAUUGACACGGCUACUGUCAUAGAGGAGAAAAUUCUGAAUUUCUUGGGGAAAUUCCACUUGAAACCUUCGAACUUGCGCAAGCCCAUUUUGGAUUUACUUUUGCAAUAUACCUUUGCUGCCUAUUUUCUCAUUCAAAAAUUCGAGGGCUAUGGAAGGAGUAUGCUUCACAAACAGAUUAUUCUCGACAACUUUCCAAUGAAGCACUUGUCAGAUUUUCUUAAUGGUAGCACCGAAAGAGGAAAUCACUAUCGCAAACAAUUAGCAGAACUACGAUAUACCUUACACCAUGUCUCGCAUCGUCAAGAGAAUGAACAGAAUGUGCUUUCUACCUUAAUGUUUAUUUCUAGGUCUAUUAGAAGAUGUUCCUCAAAACAUCCACUUGCUGUGUGCUUCUUUGACAUGUGGACUCCCAUUCUUCAGAAAUAUUUGAAAUCAAAGAGUGAACAAGGAAGCUUGGCAUCUCUUUGUGAAAUUAUUUCAUUCAAUAUUCUGGAAUAA